CAAACGCAAGGACAGUUAUAACCAGAAAACCUCAGCUUUAUCCAGAACCUGUGAGUGUUUGCUCACUCCAUCAGCAAUGGCUCUUCCUCUCUGCGAUCUUCAAACUCGCCUCAUUUCUUCUCUUCACCACCACCACCACUACCACCACCACAAACCCACCCCUCUCAACAACACACAUCGCAAAACCAAAACCAAAACCAAAACCCUCCUCUGUUUCUCCGCCAAAUCCAAAUUCCAAUUCCAUGUCUCAUUCUCACACCCUAAUACGCGUUUCAUUCACAUUUCUGCCCCAAAAUCGGCUUCGAUCAAUGGAUUUCCGACGCAGACCAUCUCGGAAGAUUCUCCGGAAGACUCUGGGCGAAGCAAUGUCGAGUUCUCAGAGAGUUUGCGAAGGUGGAUUGGUUUUGUUCGAUCGAUUUUGCCUGGAGGAAGUUGGUGGAGCUUUUCGAAGGACGUCGAAGUUGUAAUGGCGGCCAAGCCGGUGACUGUGUGGCUGGCGCUCCGGCGGAUGUGGGAAUUGAUUGCUACAGAUCGAUGGGUCAUCUUCGCUGCUUUUUCUGCCCUAAUUCUUACAGCUUUUUCAGAAAUCUCCAUACCACAUUUCUUGACAGCAUCAAUCUUUUCAGCGCAAAGUGGUGAAAUCAUGGUGUUCCACUGGAAUGUGCGUCUUUUGGUUCUACUAUGUCUCAUUUCAGGAAUUUGCAGUGGUCUACGAGGUUGCUUUUUCAGCAUUGCAAAUAUGAUCCUUGUCAAGCGAAUGAGGGAGACUUUAUAUUCCUCUCUUCUUUAUCAGGAUAUAUUGUUCUUUGACUCCGAAACAGUUGGUGAUCUGACUAGUAGGCUUGGAGCAGAUUGUCAGCAAGUGUCUCGUGUUAUUGGAAAUGAUCUUAAUAUGAUAUUACGCAAUGCUCUGCAGGGUACAGGUGCAUUGAUUUACUUGUUGAUUUUAUCAUGGCCACUUGGAUUGUAUACAUUGGCAAUAUGCUCUACUCUGUCAGCCAUUAUGCUGUUAUAUGGCCAGUACCAAAAGAAAGCAGCAAAGUUAACUCAAGAAUUUACUGCUUCUGCCAAUGAAGUUGCGCAGGAGACAUUCUCUUUGAUGAGAACUGUUCGAGUGUACGGAACUGAGAAUCAAGAACUUGGCAGGUACAAGCAUUGGCUGGGGAAGUUAGCUGAUAUAAGCUUGCGGCAAAGUGCUGCAUAUGGAUUUUGGAACCUUAGCUUCAACAUUCUCUAUCAUUCAACACAGGUUAUUGCUGUGCUGAUUGGAGGAAUGUACAUUCUGCGUGGUCAAAUAACAGCAGAGCGAUUGACAAAGUUUAUAUUGUACAGCGAAUGGCUGAUCUUUUCAACAUGGUGGGUGGGGGACAGUUUAUCAUCAUUGAUGCAAUCUGUUGGGGCAAGUGAAAAAGUCUUCCGACUGAUGGAUCUUUCACCCAGUGACCAGUUUCUAGCUCUAGGAUUAAAGUUGCAAAGGCUGAUGGGGCGAAUUGAGUUUGUGAAUGUGUCUUUUUAUUAUCCUUCAAGACCAACGGUACCUGUACUAAAAAAUGUAAAUCUCUCGGUACAUCCUAAUGAAGUUAUUGCAAUUGUUGGUCUGAGUGGUAGUGGAAAAAGCACUCUUGUAAAUCUUCUGCUUCAUCUUUAUGAACCAACAAGUGGUCAGAUUUUAAUUGAUGGCUUUCCUCUUAAAGACUUGGACAUCAAAUGGUUGAGGGAAAGAAUUGGAUAUGUAGGACAGGAACCCCGACUUUUCCGGAUGGAUGUUAGUUCAAACAUAAGAUACGGAUGUACACGAGAUAUUAAGCAGGAGGAUGUGGAAUGGGCUGCCAAGCAGGCAUAUGCUCACAAUUUCAUCUCUUCCCUGCCUAAUGGUUACAAAACAAUUGUUGAUGAUGAUUUGCUUAGUGGAGGCCAAAAGCAACGAAUUGCAAUUGCUCGUGCUAUUCUUAGGGAUCCAACCAUUUUGAUCUUGGAUGAAGCCACUAGUGCUCUAGAUGCAGAGAGUGAACACUAUGUCAAGGGUGUUCUUCGUGCCGUCAGGAAUGACUUGAAGUCCAAGAGAACUGUCAUGGUAAUUGCACACAGACUCUCCACUAUACAAGCUGCUGACAGGAUAGUGGUAAUGGAUGGUGGUCAAAUUGUGGAGAUGGGCGACCAUUGGGAGCUUCUCACUAAAGAUGGCUUGUAUGCACGACUAACCAAGAGACAAGCUGAUGCUGUGGCAUGAUCUGGUACAAGUUGAAGAACUAGAUUUUCCUAUAUGUUUUCCUCUUUCAGUGAUGAUCAUCGUCAAUGGUAGUAUGGAGAUGCAACGGUGCAUUUAUACUGGUGGAUUUGUACAUUAGCACUGUUCCAGCAACGAAUGGAAUUUCCUGACAGAGAAACAGAGGGUAUAAUUUAUAAAAUUGAAGCAGUUGCAGCGCAGCCAUAUUGAAGCUCUCAGAAGAAAGUGUGGCAGCUUCAUCCCGAACAUACUUCACCAUAUUCUUUUUGCCCUAUUUGCUUGCUUAGUUUUUAAGAACGCUUCGACAAGGUUAGGGCCACAAAGUGUAACUCAAAAGAAUAAAAUGCAUGAGGUUCACAAUGGUGCAUAUUUGCACUAUGUUGAUUCUUUAAUCUUCUAUUAUAACUGCAGGAACCAAUAUCAAUAAAAAUUAUUUAUGUUGCGAAUCGAAUAAAAACAACACAUGAAUGCUGCAUUCUUCUUGU